GCGGUGAGCCCCGCCGGGACGGGCCGGGCCGGCGCCGGGAGACGUGAACAUGUGGAUACAACGGCUCCCGGGAAGCAGGUCAGGUUGCCCGCUAGGAAGCCAUGCUUGGAUGUUGAUAGCCAUGUUCCACCUCGCCAUGGACCUUGCCAGCUGCGAGCCCGCCGGAACGCGUCUCUCUCCACGGUCGGCACAGCGGCACAGACUGCCCCGUGGUGUGCUGUGGAGCACAGGGGGCAGCGAGGAGCCCCGCCGCCCCAGCCCCCCCUGGCCCUGUGCCCCCCGUGCCCGCCGCCCACCCCCCGUCCCCCUGCCCCGCGCCCGGCGACAGCUGCGAGGCCGCGGCUUUGCUCCACGUGAUGGGCGGCCCACAGCUCUGCCCGAGGUCAUCGUCUGGGGCCCCACGGGUGAGGAGGACUCCCUGGAGAGCAGCACGCUGCCCAGCAUCUUCACCACCGGCGCCACCACCACCGUCACCACCACCGCCGCCGCCACCACCGCCGCCACUACCGUUGCCACCGUGCCAACCCCCAGCAGCCCAGCUCCCACGCCGGGCAUCGAGGAGCCCCGUGGCCGUGCCAGCACCUCUGAGCCAGCUGCCGGCCACAGCAGUGGUGGAAAGGACGCGCGUCCACCCCGUGGCCUGGGGGACACAGCAGGUCUGGCAGUCCAUCAGAUCAUCACUAUUACCGUGUCCCUCAUCAUGGUCAUAGCUGCUCUGAUAACAACUCUUGUCUUAAAAAACUGCUGUGCGCAAAGCGGGGCCGCGCGGCGCAACGGCCACCAACGCAAAAUCACACAGCAGGAGGAGAGCUGCCAGAACCUGACCGACUUCACCCCCGCCCGCGUGCCCAGCAGCCUGGACAUCUUCACAGCCUACAACGAAACGCUGCAGUGCUCCCAUGAGUGUGUCAGGACGCCGGUGCCAGUGUACACGGAGGAGGCAUUGCACUCGCCUGGAGAUUACAAAGCAACCUUCAAUGGAAACAGACCCUCUUCUUCUGAUCGGCAUCUUAUUCCUGUGGCCUUUGUGUCUGAGAAAUGGUUUGAAAUCUCCUGCUGACUGGCCGAAGCCUGUUUUACUUCCUGGGCAGGGCAGACGCCGUCUGGCUGUUUCCUGGAUUCCAUUGGUGAACCUGUAAAAAAAAAAUUAAAAAUAAUGGGUUACCUGUCCCUACCAUUUCUGUUUACCAGUAGGAGACUCAAAGAGCAGCGUUCUAUGGGCCAAAUAUAUUUUUAUAAAAAUGAACACGCCUGUAGGUAACUGCGUUUUUCCAAGAGUGCGUUUUUUGGGUUUUUUUUGGAGAAGAGAAAAGCGUGCGAGCAAAGAAUCCCACGAAGGAAGAGGAAACCGAGGAGAGCUGGAAGGAGCAGGACUGAGCAGCUGGACCUUGGGAUACGGACUACGAUUCUGAACCUGUGCCAAUAAUACCAUUAUGUGCCAUGUACUGAUGCAAAAGACUUCGUGAGAAGCAGAAGCUAAGUCAGUAACACGCAGAAAUGCUACCGAGGACAGGGGAGGGGGCGUCUCUUCCGAUGGGGUCAUUGAUUCCGGUCCACAUGCAUACAUACAUAUGAUAUAUAUACAGAGAAAAUAUAUACACACACAGAACACUUUUUUUGUACUGUAGCAAUUUUUGAAGAUCUUAAAUACUCAUUUUUAAAGAAAACGUCACGGGCUAAAAGUCUGAUUUCUUUAACAUGCAUAAUAUGACCUAGUUAAAGCGAUGUUUUCUACUUGGGCAGCUUGCCUUUCCAACCUAGAUGUGUAUAUAUAGAUAGACAUAUACAUAUAUAUAUGUGUGUGUGUAUGUAUAAGCAUAUAUAUGUAUGUAUACAUAUAUAGAUAGUUUUACUUUCAUUCUGGAGAUGCGUUUCCAGCGGUGGGGGCCUGGCGGGGCCGCGCUGGCAGUGGGUGCUCGCGCCGUGCAGCCGCGAUGCGAUGGGCUUGGAGAGCUUUGAAAGAGGGUCUGGAGCAAGAGCAGAUUGGAAAAGGGGUUUUCCAGCUGUUUGCAGCCUGAGCAUCGUGGGGAUGGCACCGCAGGGGACAAAGUCAGGGUGCAGAGGGGUCUGCUGGCGUCCCAUCAUGAGAUGCUUCCUGCUGUGCUGCUUCAGAGCGCGAAGGGCAGCGGAGUUCAGACCAAAGUCCUCCGGUUCUUUUUGUAACUCACCCCUUCCGAGCGUAUGAACGUUUUUUUAGAGUUAUCCAGAUAUGCAUUCUGAUCAUCUGCUCAACCCUCAGUUCCAUUUCUUUAUUCUCUGUGUGUCGUUCCAAGAAAAGGCAACUCGGCCCUUCUGGCGCUGCGCAUCACCCUGCACGCAGCUGCUUCGUUCCAUAGCAUUCUCUGUCCUUUUCUGAUGGGGUUUUGUAUCCUGGAGAGUUUUAUGGAAGCUGCCCCAAGUAGAAGUCUUCCGUGCCAGAGGUGGAUGUGAACUGAACAUCCCUGGGGGCACUGGCAGCGUUCCCUGUGGCUCUGGGGCAGCUGAGCAGCCUGCGGAGCUGGACGCAGGGUUAUGUUGGGUCUGGAGGGUUUUGUUCCAUGGCAGAGCCGGUUCCUUUUGCAGCAGGGUCUCUGCAGGGCUCCCUGCCCCUUUGUGUGUUGCUGAUGCAAGCGGUGCAGCCCCUGCCAAUGAUCCUCGCUAUCGCAUCGCUUCGGUUUUCCUUCUUUGUCUCACUUCUCUGGCCCCGAUCCGCUCCAGCUCUGCCAUCGUGUUGUGCUUUACCCAUCGAUCUUUCUAUUUAUUUGUAUCUACUGGCUGCACCAAGUCCUUCCCGUGGGUAUUCAGUGUAAUCUUGAUAGCAGUUUGACAUCAUGAGAUAUAUCUGAGUCCCUCGUUCCUGGCACUGGGAGCAUCGUGGUGAGCUCCUUCCCUUAGGGAGCCACUGCUUGGAGCUCGGUCCGGUGGAGCCACGGGGAAGGGGAUGUGUCUGCAUGUCUGUAUGUCAGGGAGCACAGUCAGACAGCUCCAACCCCAGACAGGGCUCCAUUGCCAUGAGCUUCCCCCACUCUGCAGAAGGACAUGGCCCGGCCACCCUGAGGCUGCUCAGCGCUGAGCCAGGAGACAAACGUAGAUGCACAAUCUUCCCUUAUUUAUAAGGACCAACAGCACUUGCACUUUAUCAGAGAAAUCCUCACAUCCCUAUGCAUGCCAAGCACACCAAGAAAAGGAACAACUGCCAGCAGGAAGGAAAGGAAGGGAGGGAGGAGCAGAGCUGUGAAUGUGGUGGUUUACCAGGCAGGACUCAGCAUCCUGGUGCAAUUUUGUAGUAAAUAGAAAUGAAACCAUGUUUCUUUCAUUCCUUACUAUCGAUGAGAACCAAAAAAAAACACCAAAAAAACAUGACAUGAAAACCUGGAGCUAUACGUUCCCAGGAAGGUGGUGGAGUCUCCAUCCCUGGAGAUGCUCAAGAAGUACAGAGAUGUGGCACUUGGGGACAUGGUUUA